AUGGUGGGCCCUGCUCGUCGGCUGUUCCCCCCAGACCUCAUGGCCCUCGCUCUAGUGAUCGGCUUGUCGGUCGACUGCAUGAUCAACAAGGGUGUACGCGCAGUGAAAGCCGAUACAACGAGAGAUUCGACAAACAAGAAAUAUCCAGUCAUCCUUGGAUCGUUUUACAUUCUCUCAACCUUCCGCAUGCAUUUCACGAUCGCCGAGUAA